CAACACCUUUCAACGGCAAAUUUGAUUAUUCUUCAUUCGACGUAGAGUAUAGCAGAUCGGAAUCGAAUUCGGAUUCGCCUUCUUGCUCUAACCCUAUCUCCCUUUUCGGAUUUUGAUACCUUUUUCUCAUAUCGACAAAAUGGCAACCACCGCAUCAAACGGAGUUCCACCUGCCAGUCUGGCACGGAAGAAAUUGAUGGGCUACGUUGGUUUUGCCAAUUUGCCCAAUCAAGUUCAUCGCAAAAGUGUUCGUAAAGGUUUCACAUUCACUUGUAUGGUUGUGGGAGAAUCCGGUUUAGGUAAAUCAACUUUGAUCAACACUUUGUUCAACACUCGUCUUUACCCAAAGAAAGAAGUUCCACCUCCAUCUCAAGAACGAUCAAAAACAGUUGCAAUCGAAAGUAUCAGCGCAGAUAUCGUCGAAAAUGGUGUCCGCCUUCGUUUGACCGUCGUCGAUACACCCGGUUUCGGUGAUUUUGUAAACAAUGACGAUAGCUGGAAGCCAAUCGUGGACAAUAUCGAGUCAAGAUUCGAUGCAUACUUGGAACAAGAGAAUCGUGUGAACCGUGCUAAAUUGGUCGACAACCGUGUUCAUGCAUGCUUGUACUUUGUCCAACCCACAGGUCACGCUCUUCGUCCAAUCGAUAUCGAAUUCAUGCGUAGAUUGCAUCAAAAGGUCAACCUAAUUCCUGUUAUCGCAAAAUCUGAUACAAUGACUGACGAAGAAAUCGUACAAUUCAAGGCUCGUAUCUUGGCCGAUAUCACACACCACCAAAUCCAAAUCUUCCAUGCUCCCGUUUACGAGAACGAAGACGAAGAAACUAUUGCUGAAAAUGAAGAGAUUGUCCGCAAGAUUCCAUUUGCUGUUGUCGGAUCUGACACAGAAAUUGACACUCCUGACGGAAGGCGUGUGAGAGGCCGAGCAUACCCAUGGGGUGUGAUUGAAGUGGACAAUGAGGAUCACUGUGACUUUGUCAAAUUGCGUCAAAUGUUGAUCCGCUCGCAUAUGGAAGAAUUGAAAGAGCACACCCAUGACAACCUUUAUGAAAGAUACCGUAGCGAAAAGUUGGUCGGAAUGGGAGUUACACAAGAUCACUCUGUGUUCAAAGAAGUGAACCCAGCAGCAAAGAUGGCAGAAGAAAGAGCAUUACACGAAGCCAAGCUACAAAAGAUGGAAAACGAGAUGAAGCUCGUCUUCCAACAAAAGGUUGCCGAAAAGGAAGCCAAAUUGAAACAGAGCGAAGAAGAACUUUAUGCUCGUCACCGCGAAAUGAGAGAUCAAUUGGACAAGCAAAGGCUGGAAUUGGAAGACAAGAAGAGACGGCUAGAAAACGGAAGACCAUUAACACCCGAAAAGGCAAACGCAUACAGCCAAGGAAAGUCAAGAAAGGGAUUCUCUCUGCGCAACUAGAUGUUAUUAUCUUUAUUUCAUCUCUCUUGUAUAGCAGCUGCAGUUUUGCGGCCUUUUUUUCUCUCUCUCUCUCUCUUCCUUCGCUUUCGAUCUCAAGGUCUUCUUGUCAACUUUCUUACUUUCUUAUGAGUAAUCACCGUGCAUGAUUUCCGGUCAAAUCUUCACUCAUCAUCGAAGGCCGCAUCCAAAUACCUUACUUUAGUGGCUGAGAGGCACUUAUCCACUCCAUUCGAUAUCAACGUCACUUUCGAUUCUUUUACGACUUUACCUCCCUUUUCUUUCUUUCAUCUUUUACUUUCUCAAUUCUUCUUUUCCAUCCCCACCACUUUAAUGCACUUGAUUUCAUCUUCAUACAAAAGAUCAGUA